AUGCGUUAUUUAAUAUUACCAAUAUUAUUUGUGUGCCUGGCAACGACAUUUGCCCAAAUUCCACAACUAGGAUUUUGUCCAGAUGUGAAACCCAUGCAGGAUUUCGACAUGGAAGCAUUUUUAGGAGACUGGUUUGAAACGGAAAGAUACUUCACAGUAUCAGAAUUGGGAAGACGUUGCGUCUUUUCAAACUACGAAAGACGUCCUGAUGGAUCUAUCCGAGUUUCGAACCAAAUGACAAAUGCUUUUACAAACGUGAAACGUACCUGGGUAGGCGAAUUGAGCACUAAGGGUGAAAAUUCAGGGUCGAUGCUGGUCAAAUACAACACUUUGCCAGUUUCUUUGGACACCUCGUAUUCAGUUUUGGACACCGACUAUGAUACUUAUGCAGUUGUGUACAAUUGUAAUCCUGUGGGGCCUAUUCAUACACAGAGUUGUUGGGUAUUAACAAGAGAGCGCAACCCUCCAUCAGCAGUUCUUCAAAGGGCCUACGGAAUUUUGGACAAGUACAAGAUUUCGAGAACUUUCUUCGUGAAGACCAAUCAACAAGAUUGCGAAUGA